GAUUGAACAACGGCACGUACAAAAACCAUUCUCGCAUUCUCUCAUUCUCUGGCCUCUCGUCCUCUCAAGUAAAAGGCGUAAAAGCCCAACAAGCACCAACAAGUAGAUAAUAAACCAUCAACAAUUGUGUGGUCACGUUAAAUUAAUACAAUAUAUAUUAUUACUUGUUACUUAUUACUUAUUACUUAUUAUUCAACACCAAAUGACAUCUGCUUGGGCGAAAAUUCAACCAAUCACAAAAACAAUUAGUUUUGAUGAAAUAACUGCUGAAGAAAUGGCUAAAAGCAUACAAAAAAAGGAAUUUGAAGAGCAUGGAAAAACCAUUGACAAUUUGGAUACACUCGAUCAGUGCAUAUGUUAUGAAUUGGACGCUACUGACAGUGAUGCUGUCAUAGCCCAAUUACUUCAAAAUCAGUACAACAGCGAGUACGAUUUGAUGUUGAAAAAAACGGAGGAAAAAUUCAAUGGCCACUCUAAAGUGGGUAUAUCAUAUGCUAAUUAUCGCAUAUCCUCUACUAACGAUCCUGAUGAGAGAAAAGUAGCCAUUGACGAUGAAAAUCGCGAUUUGGACAGAUUUGUGAAUGUGGAAAAAGAAUAUGCAUCUAUACCAAAAUGUGGUUACAAAAAAAAUUCAGAAGGCUCAGAAAUUGUCACAAAACAUGAUAUGCUCAUGUCUUCAAGAAUGAAUGCUUGUCGAGUAUUGGAAUUUCCCCCGGGGAUAUCAACUGGCGAUACUGGUGGAUUUGAUGUCAAAUUGAAUAAUAGAGUAUUUAAUUCGUUGCGAGCUCACAGUUAUGCCUAUUGUUCCCGAAAAAAAUCAAAACCAAAAGCACAUAAUAAAUAAUUUUACUGGGCGAUACCAUUGAAAACCAUCUCCGAAAAAUUACCUGGGCUCUUUGGAGAAUGUAAAUUCUCUAUAUAUUUUCAAUGUAUUCGAAAUAAUAAUAAAUGACAGAAUUAUGUAU